UUUGCACGGAAAUCUGCGGGAGCCCGUCUGUGGCAGCAAUAAUGUGACUUACCCCAACGAGUGCAGAUUUUUCGGGAGCAUACCCCCUUGCGGCUCGGAUAAUGCAUCGAUUCUCUAUUACGGCGAGUGUGGUCAGUGUCCUGCGGGAUGUCCGAAAAACAUUGACCCCGUAUGUGGUUCGGACGGGAAAACCUAUAACAACGAGUGUCUAAUGAUUACCGAAGCUUGUGAAACUAAUACGACCAUUUCCAAAGCAUCCGACGGCCCAUGUACAGUGAUCAAGCAAAGUUCAGGAGUCGGUGGGGAGUGUGGUAAUUGCCCCAAGAUAAAGAAACCAGUAUGUGGAUCUAACGGAGUCACUUACUCAAACCAGUGUAUUUUAGAAUAUGCUGCUUGUAAGGGGGAAAAUGUCACUUUGGCGCACACAGGAGAAUGUGAAGGUGAUGCCAGCGUGAUAGUCCAGUCCCAAAGAAAAAAGUGUAAGUACAACGGUAAGAAAUACAAAGCCGGGGACAUCAUAGAAGACAUGAUCGAGUUCUGCCUGACGGCCAUCUGCCAACCCUCCAGGAAGGCUGGACAGUCGAAGGUCGAGUUCGUGGAAUUCCAGGGAGCAAUGGCAUGUGAAUGUACAAGUGAUCGCCUCCGAAGACACAUACUCAGGAUAUCUGGAAAAUGAAGUUAUUGCAGGGAGAUUGUCUCUGCUGCCCGUCUAACGGUUCUACUUAAGAUAAAUUCUUAUUCUAGUCAGAAGAAGAAAUUGCCCGGGACAUAUCAACUUAGUGCGCCCCUCUUUGCAUUCCUGUAGUUAGAUAUAUAUAUUUGUCUAUUUAUAUAUAAAUAUAAAUAUUUUUUACGUUAUGUGACAUAUACGCACAACCAUAUGUAUGUGUGAAAGUAUGUACUGUAUAUGUGUGUGUGCGUGUUUAUAUGUAAAUUUUCUGCACAGGGGUGGGAUUCAUCCACGAUUGACGUGAUAUGGUAUGAACUUAGUGUUUUGUUUGAUCUCCCGCCGUUCUUGAUAUAUAUAUAUAUAUAUAUA